AUGGCAUGUUCAAAAAUAUUUUCAGAAGGAGGAUUAUCCGAAUUAUUGAGCGAUAUUAUGCAAUAUUUUCGGAAUGAUUUUUCAACAUUACACUCUUGUAUCUUAGUCAAUAGAUUAUGGUGUCAUUUAGCAAUUCCAUUAUUAUGGGAAAAUCCAUUUUCAAUUGUAUCACGUACAAAUUAUAAUAACAUUAAAUAUCAUAAAAUUCGUUUUAUUGAAACUUAUUUGAUUAAUUUAAAUGAUAAUGAUAAAAUAAAAUUAAAUGAAUUUUAUACACUUAUAAUUAGUGAUUGUAUUGAAAAAUGGGUUGCAGCUGCUGUUAAUACACAUAAUUCAGAUUUCGUAAAAUUCAUUCAUAAAUCAUUAAUUAAAAUAUUUAUUGAAAAUAAAGCAAAAUUAUAUAUUUUUAAUGGUAUAUAUCAUAAUAAAUAUUUUGAUGAAUCAAUUUUACAAAGUUCACAUUUCAUUUAUAAUAUCAAAAUUCUUUAUCUUAAAAUUAAUAUUCCUUUAUUAAAAUUUUUAAGUUCUAAUUGUGAAUCAAUUACAUCACUUUACAUUUUAAGUUUUGUUAAACAUAAUACAACUAUUGAAUAUCAUUUAUCACAAUUAAUUAAAUCACAACAAAAUCUUAAAAAAAUUUGCUUUAUUCAAGAAUUUCCUCCAAUAUUAUUAAAUUCUAAUAAUCGUUUAAACACUUUAAACACAAUUAUAUUUCGUAAUAUUGAUUUUAAAAAUAUACAUAUUUUAAAUGAAGUAUUUGAACAAUUAAAUGUUUUAGAAUCUAUUCAUAUUAUUAAUUGUUAUUCUUUAGAUUCUAAUUUUAUUCAACAAAUAAUUAAUUUAACUAAACCAUUUAAAUUAAAAUCUUUAUUUAUAAAUAGAAUAUUUGAGUCAAUAGAAUUGUUAUUACAAAAAUCUGGAGAUUAUUUAGAAAAUUUUGGUUUAUCAUUUGAACUUACAUAUUGUGAAGAUUCACAGCACCUUGAAUUAAUUAAAUUAAUUACAAAUUAUUGUACUAAAAUUAAAUUCCUUGAAUUAACUGGAUUUAAUGAUAAUAAUCAGAUUAUUUAUUCAACAUUCAACUUAAUUGAAACCAUUAAACAAAACCUUAAUUAUCUUACUAUUGAUAUAAAUUACGAUUAUACGUUUGGUUUAAACAAUAGAUAUACUGAACUUAGCUCAAUUGUAUUGCAAAAUUUAGGUCAAAUUCUUCCUUUUAAAUUAGAAUAUUUAGAUUUGAUUCUUACUAUGAAUACAAAUGAUCUUGAAAUAUUUUUGAUAAAUUCUCAAAAUACUUUUAUCAAGAAAUUAUUAUUUUUUAAUAUAACAAAUGGAACAAGAAAAAAAGUUGGACAAGACAAUAUCUUAUAUAAUAUAGAAGAUUAUAUCAUGGAUAUGAAAAGAGUUAAAUACUUUGCUUUUCUAAAUCAAUUCACUGAUGAAGAAGAAAAAGAAGAAUUGUUUUAUAUGAUUGAUAAAGUAGAGGAAUUUAAGUUAAAUAAUAUAGUAGUCCAAAAUUAUAAUGAUUUGAAAAUUGAAUUUUUCGAUUUGUUAAAAGAAUAG